AGAGCUUCCCAGGGGUAUCACACCUAGAUGGGUUCCUGCUGGGAUUCCCUUUGCCAGAGAAGAUCUGGCACCAGCAGCCCUUCUUCUCUUCACCUGGGCUGUGUGAGGAGGCAGCCAGGCCCUGGGUGCAGGAAUCCUGGGUGCAGUGGCGCCCUUAGCCCCCUCCUCUCUGUUUUCGGUUGGUUUCCCCCCUCCUCCCCCCUCUGCAUCCUGUUGUUCUCCCCGGGUUCAAGCCUUUGCUUCUCUCCUCCGCAGCUAUUGUGGACCUCGAUGGGAGGAUCUACAUCCGCAGCUGGCAGGGGGGCAUCCUCUCGGGUGGCUUUGAGAAGAACCCCAAGCCUAUUUUCACUGAGGGCAAGAAUCAGCUGGAGAUACAAAACUUGCAGGAGGACUGGGAUCACUUUGAGCCACUGCUGAGUGCCUUGCUGAGGAGGAUGCCGGAUAUGGAGGCCCUGGAGAUCAUGCAGCUGGUGAACUGCCCAGAAUCCUUUACUCCAGACAUGCGGUGCAUCAUGGGAGAAUCCCCCACCAGGCAGGGCUACUUCGUCCUAGCAGGAAUGAAUGCGGCUGGUACUUCUUUUGGAGGUGGAGCAGGCAAGUACCUGGCCGAAUGGAUGGUGAAUGGCUACCCUUCCGACAACGUCUGGCCCUUGGACCUGAAGCGCUUUGGAGCUCUGCAGAGCAGCCGUACUUUCCUCCGUCAUCGGGUCAUGGAAGUGAUGC